CGUCAACUAUCAUUCAUUUUGUGUGAAUUUGAAAUAACCACAAAAACAGUGUUUUGUUUUGUUUAAAUUUUCAAAAGUUCAUUUGAAUUGAAAAAAAUCAACAUGGAUGCUACAAAAUCAACACUGGAACAAUUACGUCAACAUGAUACAAUUGUUGUUGCCGAUACAGGUGAUUUUCAAUCAAUCAAAUCAUUUAAACCAACCGAUGCAACAACAAAUCCAUCAUUAAUAUUGGCUGCAUCAAAAUUAACACAAUAUUCCCAUUUAUUCGAUAAAGCAAUUGAAUAUGGUCGUCGAUUUAAAGAAAAUCCAUUAGAAUCGGCUAUGGAUUAUCUUUUUGUAUUGUUUGGUGUUGAAAUAUUGAAAAUUAUACCUGGCCGUGUUUCGACUGAAGUUGAUGCACGUUUAAGUUUUGAUAUUGAUGGUUCCGUACAGAAAGCAUUGAAAAUAAUCGAUUUAUAUAAAUCAAUGGGUAUCGAUAAAGAACGUAUACUGAUUAAAUUGGCAACAACAUGGGAAGGUGUUAAAGCAGCGGAAAUUCUUGAAAAACAAUACGGUAUUCAUUGUAAUAUGACAUUAUUGUUUAAUUUUGCACAAGCUGUUGCAUGUGCUGAAUCAAAUGUAACAUUAAUUUCACCAUUUGUUGGUCGUAUUUAUGAUUGGUAUUGUAAACGUACUGGUGUUAAGCAAUAUGAAAAUCCGGCUGAUGAUCCUGGUGUUAAAUCUGUAACACGUAUUUAUAAUUAUUAUAAACAUCAUAAUUAUAAAACUGUUGUAAUGGGUGCAUCAUUUCGUAAUAUUGAUCAGAUAAAAGCAUUAUCUGGUUGUGAUUUGCUAACCAUUUCACCAUCAUUAUUAGCCGAAUUAGAAGCAGAAAAAAAUGUACAAUUAAAACGUUCAUUGGAUCCAUCGAAAUCCUCGGAAAUCGAUACAUUUGCUAAACCGAUACAUUUGGAUGAAAAACAUUUUCGUUGGGAAUUGAAUGAAGAUGAAAUGGCAACGGAAAAAUUAUCCGAAGGUAUUAGGAAAUUUGCAGCCGAUGCACGACAAUUGGAAAAAUUGAUUAAAGAAAAAUUGUCAUAAAAUUGAAAUUGUUCAAAAUUGUUCAAGUUCAGAAUCAGUUUUUAUCUUCUUAAAUAAAUAAAUAAAUAUCAAAAAUGAAAAUCAAUAAAUUUACAUUGAAUUAGAA